AGAUCUGUUCUAAAGACCAUGGCCGUCUGGGAGCUGUCCGUCCCCUGCCCUCCUGGGGCCCUGCUCCACCCCACAACCCAUGUCUGGUCCUUACAGGUCAAGGGGGAAAGAAAAGCGGCCACAACCCCCUGCCAGCCAAGUGGUAGCCCAGCGGGACUGAAGGGGACAGGCCGUUUGGUGGUGCCUCAUCAGGAAGACCCCUGCACCCGAGGGAGGGUCAGCGCGGGAGCCCAGUUGCUGAGCCAUGCCGGGCCCCGGGCGGCCGGCAGCAAGCCCAACCCCAGCACCCACAUAGUCAUGAACAGCCACAGACACAAUGGCUUCGGGGGACGGCCACUGGGUGGCGGGCUGGGUGCCCUGGGCCGAGACCCUCCGGACCCCGAGGCCGGCCACCCGCCUCAGCCUCCAAACGGCCCAGGCAUCCAGGUGGUGGUAGCCAAGAGUGAGCCGGCCCAGCCCUCGUCCGGCAGCCCCCGGGGGCAGCCCCAGGACCAGGAAGAAGAGGAAGAUGAGGAGGAGGAUGAGGCGGGUAGGCAGAGGGGCUCGGGAAAGCCCCCCAGCGUGGGCCACCGUCUGGGCCACCGGCGGGCGCUCUUUGAGAAGCGGAAGCGUCUCAGUGACUACGCUCUCAUCUUCGGCAUGUUCGGCAUCGUUGUCAUGGUGACGGAGACGGAGCUGUCCUGGGGGGUCUACAGCAAGGAGUCCCUGUACUCAUUUGCACUCAAAUGCCUCAUCAGCCUCUCCACCGUCAUCCUGCUGGGCCUGGUCGUCCUCUACCACGCCCGGGAGAUCCAGCUGUUCAUGGUGGACAACGGGGCAGACGACUGGCGCAUCGCCAUGACGUGCGAGCGCGUCUUCCUCAUCUCCCUGGAGCUGGCCGUGUGCGCCAUCCACCCGGUGCCCGGCCACUACCGCUUCACGUGGACAGCGCGGCUAGCCUUCACGUACGCGCCGGCAGCGGCCGAGGCCGACGUGGACGUGCUGCUGUCUGUGCCCAUGUUCCUGCGUCUCUACCUGCUGGGCCGCGUCAUGUUGCUGCACAGCAGGAUCUUCACGGACGCCUCCAGCCGCAGCAUCGGCGCCCUCAACAAGAUCACCUUCAACACGCGCUUCGUCAUGAAGACGCUCAUGACCAUCUGCCCGGGCACCGUGCUCCUUGUCUUCAGCAUCUCCUCCUGGAUCAUCGCCGCCUGGACCGUGCGGGUCUGUGAGAGGUAUCACGACAAGCAGGAAGUGACCAGCAACUUCCUGGGGGCCAUGUGGCUCAUCUCCAUCACCUUCCUCUCCAUCGGCUACGGCGACAUGGUGCCCCACACUUACUGCGGGAAGGGCGUGUGCCUGCUCACUGGCAUCAUGGGGGCUGGCUGCACGGCGCUCGUGGUGGCCGUGGUGGCCCGGAAGCUGGAGCUCACCAAGGCAGAGAAACACGUGCACAACUUCAUGAUGGACACUCAGCUCACCAAGCGGGUAAAAAACGCCGCUGCUAACGUUCUCAGGGAGACGUGGCUCAUCUACAAACACACCAGGCUGGUGAAAAAGCCAGACCACGCCCGGGUUCGGAAACACCAGCGUAAGUUCCUCCAAGCCAUCCAUCAGCUCCGGAGUGUGAAGAUUGAGCAAGGGAAGCUGAAUGACCAGACCAACACGCUCGCAGACCUGGCCAAGACCCAGAAUGUCAUGUACAACCUCAUGUCCGAGCUGCACGCCCAGCACGAGGAGCUUGAGGCCCGCCUGGCUGCCCUUGAAAGCCGCCUGGACGCAUUGGGCGUCUCCCUGCAGGCCCUGCCGGGCCUCAUCGCCCAAGCCAUACGCCCGCCUCCACCACCCCUGCCUCCCCGGCCUGGCUCCGGCCCCCUGGACCCGGUGGCUCGGAGUCCCCCACACCGGCGGCCACCCACGGCCCCUUCAGACUGCGGGUGACGGCUCUGCCUGCCACCAGACUCCUCAAUCUUGGCCAUCGUGUGGCCGCCACCUCCACGCCAGCCAAGAAGCCCUGUACAGUGGCGCCUCUUGGAGUUCAAGGAGCUGAAACCGAGUUGGGCUGAUUGGACUGGGGCCCGCCAGACUGUCCGGGCAGAGGGCAGGGCCAUACGGCAGGCAAGGGCAGGGGCGGGCCACCACUGGCUUCCUCCCUGAUUGGAGCUGGGAGAGCCUGGAGCUUCCUCUGGUCCUCUGCCGCCCCCAACCCCCGGCUCUCCCCAGGCUCCCGGUGGGUGCGGAGCAGCCAGGAAAGGGGUCCUUGCCAGUUCCAAAUAAAGCAGGACCCACCCACUUGCUGCCUGUUGUGCGUGGCUGGGGGACACUCAUAAUCACAACAUGGGGAGUAGAUACCCGGCCCUGGGGUUCCAGACCAGAUGUGGGGGUCAAGGUGAGCCCAUCCCCAUCCCCAUCCUAGGCAGGUUGUCUCCCGGGCCUGAACUCAAUCAGAGACACCUCCCUGAGGACAUCUGCGCCGGUCCCACCUGACACCGAUUGAGGGGCCCUGCAGAGAGCAUGGCCCAGCCCUGGCCUACAGGAGGCAGCAGAGAGUCAGGACUUCCUUCCAGCUGGUUUGCUGGAGCACCCACUAGGGGCCAGCGGAGCUGUGGGUCAUGGUCCAGUGGGGGAAGUGACAUGGGUGAGGAGGGCCAUUCAGUCUUCGGCGGACACGGAUUGAGCACCUGCUGUAUAUAGGCAAUGUAAUGUAAAUUAUCACACUGACUCUUCACCAGAACCUGAGCAGGGUAGGAUGGGGAGACUCAGAGGAGUCAAGCCACCUGCCUGGGGCUACAGAGUGAGGAGGGAGGGGUGAGCCAGGAUUUAAACUCAGGGGUCCAUAGGCCAAAGGGAAGAAUGGACUUGGUGGAGGGCACUCCAUGGGGAGGGGAGUGGUGUGAUCCUGGCGUUUGAGGGGCCCCUCUGGGGCAGGAUGGAGGGGAAGGUUCUAGACAUAAGUAGAGUCAAAGGGUCCCUCCAGGCCUUGGGCUCGGAGUGCUGGAGUCAGGUAGGGGAGGCAAGCAGAUGCUGGGCCCUGGGUGGAGAGGGAGGCUAAUCUGGGUCCAGCUGAGAGCCCAGGCUCUGGCAGCCUCCGAUAAGGCCAUGGGCCACCUGGCUGGAAGUGAUAGGUGGGGCACAAGAGCAAGAAGGGUCUGGGGAGGUGUCAGUGGGCUGUGGUCAGAUGUGAGUUCGAGUCCUGACUCUGACACCGGUGGAUGCCUCUAGGCGGUGGCUGCCCCUCUGGGGGCCUCAGUUUCCUCUUCUGUAAGAUUGGAUGCCGAAAAUAGGGCACAGUGUUCACCCUUGGGAGCACCCAGUCUGACGGAGGAGGCAUAGUAAACACACAGCGGUCACAAACACAGCGACCAGAGCCGUAAAGAAAUAAGUCCAGAGAAUGACUCUGGUGACAUUUGGGCGUGGGUGGGUGGAGAGCAGAUCUGGGGAAGGGCGUUCCUAGCAGCGACAGCCAGUGCAAAGGCUAAGAAGCAAGACCCG